UACCCACCAGCCUGGUGCAUUGUCCUUUCCACACAGCUCCCUCUCAUCCAUCUACUUAUCCAGUUACUACCUACCUACUCCCUCUGUACGCUCCUCGACAAAGUACACAAUGUCGGCAUACCCCGUGACCUACAAUGGGUCGAUGACGGGCAACGGGGGUGACUCCUUGACCGAAGACCUCAACAUUUACUACGAUGCCGGUGAUUUCGCGUGGGUGAUUGUCUCUUCAGCCCUGGUGCUGCUCAUGAUUCCCGGUGUUGGAUUCUUCUACUCCGGUCUGGCUCGUCGUAAAUCGGCUCUCUCCCUCAUAUGGCUGUCGGUAAUGUCAGUCGGCGUCGUCUCCUUCCAGUGGUUUUUCUGGGGCUACUCUCUGGCCUUCUCCCACACCGGUGGAAAGUACAUUGGUGAUCUGCGCAACUUUGGCUUCAGGGAUGUUCUGGCUGUGCCUUCGGUCGGCAGCAGCAAGGUCCCUGAUCUGUUGUUCGCCAUUUUCCAGGGAAUGUUCGCCUGCAUUACUGUCGCUCUUGCUGUCGGUGCUGUCGCCGAGCGUGGUCGCAUGCUGCCCUGUGUCAUCUUCAUGUUCGUCUGGUCUACUGUCAUCUAUGACCCUAUCGCCUGCUGGACGUGGAACAGCUCGGGAUGGGUGUUCAAGCUUGGUGGUCUGGACUUUGCCGGUGGUACCCCCGUGCACAUUGCCUCUGGAUGUGCCGCCUUGGCCUAUUCUCUGAUGCUUGGAAAGCGUCGUGGUCACGGCACGCACGAGCUCAACUACCGCCCCCACAAUGUCACUCAUGUGGUCAUCGGCACGGUCUUCCUCUGGGUGGGAUGGUUUGGCUUCAACGCCGGCUCCGCCCUCGCCGCUAACCUUCGCGCCGUCAUGGCUGCCGUCGUCACCAACCUGGCUGCCUCCGUGGGCGGUGUCACUUGGUGUCUGCUCGACUACCGCCUGGAGAAGAAGUGGUCUGCCGUUGGCUUCUGCUCUGGUGUCAUCGCCGGUCUCGUCGCUAUCACUCCGGGUUCGGGCUUCGUCACCCCCUGGGCUGCCUUUAUCUUCGGUGUCGUCGGCGCCAUCGCCUGCAACUAUGCCACUAAGCUCAAGUAUGUCUUGAAGAUUGACGAUGCUCUGGACAUCUUUGCCGUUCACACCGUUGGCGGUCUCGUCGGUAACCUUUUGACUGGUAUUUUCGCUGCUGACUACAUUGCCCACCUCGAUGGUUCGACUUCGAUCCCCGGUGGCUGGAUCAACCACAACUACAUCCAGCUCGGCUACCAGCUUGCGGAUUCCGUCUCUGGCGGUGCCUACUCUUUCGUCGGCAGCUGCAUCAUUCUCUUCAUCAUUAACAUGAUCCCUGGCCUGAGCCUGCGCGCCAAGGAGGAUGACGAGAUCAUGGGCAUUGACGAUGCUGAGAUCGGCGAGUUUGCUUACGACUAUGUCGAAGUGAGACGCGAUGUCAUCGCCGGAAUCGAGGGCGACAAUGUUGAUGGUGCCUCGAAGCGCUCUGCCACCCCAACCGAGCCCGCCGAUAUUACUCUUGAUACCAAGGCCUAGACGUUCCUUUGCAAAAAAGGCAUACUCGGUGUUUGUUUGAAUCAUCCAUCCUUUUGUCGAGGAUUUUUCAACGACUUCAACCAGCAUUCUAUCGCAUGGUGUUGAUGGAUGGGCUUAUGAUUCUUUUCCCUUCUUGUUCUUAUUUUGCUUCCUUCAUUCCCUUCGACCUUUUUUUCCCUUAUGUCUACCUAAUCUCGGGGUCCAGCGCUCUUCUACCCAGGCGGUUUCAAGAGUGUCCCGCUUCGUUUCCAACCUUUUAGAUACCCUGCUUGCAAUACAUGAUUUCAUUUAACAG